CGCCUCACAGAGCACCGGUGCGGAGAGCGCGGCCGCUGCAGCCGAAGUGAAAGUGAGGAGAACGAACGACAGGAGGAAGGAGGAGAGCCGCGCGCAGCCGGUCACGCCUGAAGCGAGGUUAGGUUGCGGGACCGGUGCGCUGCGCUUCCUGUUUUGCAGCGUUGAGCCGAGUCGACCUUUAAAUGCGUCUCUGGAGGAUCCUGUGACUCUCGGACUCGAACUCACCGAACAGACAUGGACGACGGGGGGCGGAGCCGCCUGCAGCGCACCCAGGAGGAGGUGGAGGAGGUCAAGGUCAUCAUGCUGGACAACAUGAACAAGGCCGACGAGCGGGCCGGCAAGCUGAGCGACCUGGACGACCGGGCGGAGGAGCUGCUGAAGCAGGGUAAAGUGUUUGAGAAGAAGGCCCAGAAGGUGAAGGAGAAGAAGAUGUGGGAGAACAAGAAGAUGAAGAUCAUCCUGAUCGUGGCCGGAGUGGUCGCCUUCGUGGUGGUCCUGGGACUGGUCCUGGGCCUGGCCCUGUAGAGACCCUGAACUGAAUGGACCCUGGGACCCUCCGCCGCUUCCCCGCUUCUGUGUUUUUUUUGUUCCGUAUUUAAGGGAGGGGGCUCCCGCUCUGCAGUCGGCCUCCAGCCGAUACGGUACCGCUGGAAACGGCUCGUCUCUCUGCGUCCGGUUCCUCUGUCGAGUUCGCGCCUCCGCCCGCCGAGCGCCUGCAGAACCGCCGCCUUCCUGUUCUCCGGUGGCUCCGGACACCGUUGCCAUGGAAACGGUGGCCCCGAAGGCUACGGAAGUUUCUGCGCUGGAAAACGUUGUGGUGUAAACGGCGCUUCACCGAGUGCAGGAAGGAAGGCGUGAAUGACUCCUCUGUAAAGAUCCCGUCCUGAAAGAGUUUAUGUUCUUAAAUUUGUGUUUUCUGUGUUGAUUCAUGUCUGACUCUUUUUUUCCCAAACGCAACUAUUUAUGAUGCUCUUUAAACAUUUUUAACAUUUUCAUGAAAUCAAUUCAAAAAAGAUUUUUGAACAGAUAUAAGAGAAAGGAAUGAUCCAAAAAAAGUGAAAAAUGAGCAACAUUUGGGCUGCUAGUUGAGUGUAAAGAGCUAAUUGAUUGGCUGUAAAAUAAUAUGUUGAAUUAUUAAUUGAUUCUUGCAGGUGAUGGCUAACAGCGUGAAGUUUGAGGCACUCUGUGACCUUUUUUUUUCACAUGUUAUCAAAAAUUUGGAUUAUUUUGUUCAAAAUGGAGCAGCUACAAAGAGGCCUGAAUGGAAGAUAAAUAUUCCUAAUGAUUUUUUUUAAUGAUUAUUUUCAAAGCUCUGAAUCGGUUUGAGCUGAUCCAUAGUCCCCUGAUGUUCUCUCUUCUUCAGAUUAUGCUCAUUUUCCUGAGUUUCCUCACAUUUUAAGACAUUUUUGUCAGAUUUCUGACCAGUAAUCAAUAUCAGCGAAUCCACUUUGAGCCGAGCUGAAUUAAGAAAAAGCUCUAAAUAAGGAAAUGGGGCACCGAGAGGCUCCAUGUGUGGCGGAGGAGGCUGAAAAUGCUGAAAAUGUAAAUAAAUAAAACUGGUCCCUCAAGGAAAGGCUGGAAGAGACGCCUGUUUUCACAGUCACCAGCUGAACGGCGCCCCCUGCUGGUCGAUGAUCAAUAACCUCAGUGUAUUUCCUGUUUGCGCAACAUCUUGGAAAUGAUCCAAACUGAGUGACUAUGCAGCAGGUAGGUCAGAGGUCACCCUCAGUGUUCAGGUCUGGAUGUGUUGUGCAGGAUCAAUGCUGCUGAUCAUUUUCCAUACCUGAUCUGAUCUGUCUGGAGAAAAGUCCUGUUUUUAUACUGUGUUCAUGUUCAUGUUCCAGGUCUUAUGUCGAGAAAUGAUUAAAAUAUUUCAACUUUAGAGCGUCAUAUUUUACAUAAUCACGCCAGCACUGAUCAAUCAUGUAAGCAUUGAUUGAUUACAGAAGCGUCAGCUGACUGCUGCCAUCUGCAGGUUGUUGUGCAAACAAUGAAUCCUUCAUAAGUACACGUAUUGUCCCAGGUUUAGCGUCCAUUGCAUGUUGAUUUAUAUUAAUGAAAGGAACGAUGCAAUCUAUGAAUCUCUGUGCCUCUAAGGGUUCCACUCUGUACACAGUUUAAUCAAUAGAUCGUUAAAAUCAGCCAAAAAAUGGAAAAGCCCCCCCCCCCCCCCCA